AACCUCACAAAAUAAAAGGCCCUUCAAAACCCUAACCCUUUCUUUCAUUUCUUGUUUAUCGUGUCUUUCUUCAUCAGUCGCAGCGCCUCCCCACUUCAAACCACCAAAAGCGUUCGGCAAUGGGGAUCGAUUUAGUCGCAGGAGGUAAGAGCAAGAAGUCCAAGAGGACAGCUCCCAAAUCCGAUGAUAUUUACCUCAAACUCCUCGUCAAGCUUUAUCGUUUCCUUGUAAGAAGAACUGGGAGCAAAUUCAAUGCUGUGAUAUUGAAACGCUUGUUUAUGAGCAAAGUUAACAAGCCUCCACUAUCACUCUCUAGGCUUAUUGAGUUCAUGAAGGGAAAGGAGGAUAAGAUUGCUGUGGUAGUUGGGACAGUGACAGAUGAUAUAAGGGUUUAUGAGGUUCCAGCUUUGAAGGUUACAGCUCUUAGGUUUACUGAGACUGCUAGAGCUAGGAUUGAGAAGGCUGGUGGAGAAUGCUUGACUUUUGACCAGCUUGCUUUGAGGGCUCCUUUGGGUCAGAACACGGUUCUCCUCAGAGGUCCAAAGAAUGCCCGUGAAGCAGUUAAACACUUUGGUCCGGCUCCUGGUGUGCCUCACAGCCACACUAAGCCAUAUGUGCGCUCAAAGGGAAGGAAGUUUGAGAGGGCUAGAGGAAGAAGGAACAGCAAGGGAUUUAGGGUUUAAGAUGACAUUAGUAUUUCAUUGUGAGGCCUGUCUGUCAUUUAUUACUGCAAACCAAAUUUUGGUAGACUUUAGGUUUCUCUGUCAGUUGUUUACUUGCUUAUGUUUACUUCAUGUUGGAUUGUUUAAUGGCCGGUUUGAGGAUCAAUCUUUCCUAUGCUACAAAGUCGCGUGGUUAAGCAUUUUUAAUGGAGUUAUAUUUUACUAUGGAAUUAUUCUCUGGUUAA